AUGGCGGCGGCCGGAACUCUUUACACCUACCCCGAGAACUGGCAGGCAUUCAAAGCCCUCAUAGCUGCCCAGUACAGUGGCGCCAAGAUCAAGGUCCUCUCCACCCCACCACAAUUCCACUUUGGGCAGACCAACAAGACCCUGGAGUUCCUGAAGAAAUUCCCAGCUGGGAAGGUUCCAGCCUUUGAAGGGAAUGAUGGAUUCUGCAUGUUUGAGAGCAAUGCCAUUGACCACUACGUCAGUAAUGAGAAGCUGCGAGGACCCACCAAGGAGGCAGCUGCCCAGGUCAUCCAGUUUGUGAGCGUUGCGGACAGCGACAUUGUCCCUCCUGCCAGCACGUGGGGUCUUCCCCACGCUGGGCAUCAUGCAUUACAACAAACAGGCUACAGAGUAUGCCAAGGAGGAAGUGAAGCGGAUUCUGGCCCUCCUUGAUGCCCAUUUGAAGACCAGGAUGUUCCUGGUGGGGGAAUGCAUCACACUGGCUGACAUCACGAUUGUCUGCACACUUAUCUGGCUUUAUAAGCAGGUUUUGGAGCCAUCCUUCCACCAGCCGUACGAAAACGUCAACUGCUGGUUUGUGACCUGCAUAAACCAGCCUCAGUUCAAGGCUGUCUUGGGAAAGGUGAAGCUGUGCGAGAAGAUGGCACAGCUUGAUGCCAAGAAGUUUGCUGAGAACCAGCCCAAGAAGGAGGUGCCCAAGAAGGAGAAGCAGCCCAAGGAGGACAAGAAGUCGGAGAAGAAAGAGGAAAAGAAGCCCGAGCCCGAGGAGGAGAUGGACGAGUGCGAUGAUGCCUUGCCCUCCAAGUCCAAAUCCAAAGACCCCUUUGCUCACCUCUCCAAAAGCCCCUUCAUCAUGGACGAGUUCAAAAGGAAGUACUCAAACGAGGGCUUCCUGACGGUGGCAACACCCCACUUCUUGGGAGCAUUUCAACAAGGAGGGUUGGUCCAUCUGGUAUGCAGAGUAUCGCUUCCCCGAGGAGCUCAUUCAGACCUUCAUGAGCUGCAACCUCAUCACAGGCAUGUUCCAGUGCCUAGACAAGGUGCGCAAGAACGCCUUUGCUUCCGUCAUCAUCUUUGGCACCAACAAUGCCAGCUGUAUCUCUGGCAUUUGGGUCUUCCGUGGGCAGGAGCUAACCUUUCUGCUGAGCCCCGACUGGCAGGUGGAUUACGAAUCCUACACUUGGUGGAAGCUGGACCUGGAGAGCAAGGAGUGUGAGACGAUGGUGAAGGAGUAUUUCCUGCGGGAGGGUGAGUUCAAGCAUGUUGGCAAAGCCUUCAACCAGGGAAAGAUCUUCAGGUGA